UGAAGCGGCGUUAUGUCUGGCAGAGGGAAAGGAGGCAAAGGACUCGGCAAAGGCGGAGCCAAGCGGCACCGUAAAGUGCUCCGGGACAACAUCCAGGGCAUCACCAAACCGGCCAUCCGCCGUCUGGCUCGGCGUGGCGGCGUCAAGCGGAUCUCGGGUCUGAUCUACGAGGAGACCCGUGGGGUGCUGAAGGUUUUCCUGGAGAACGUGAUCCGGGAUGCGGUCACCUACACCGAGCACGCUAAGCGCAAGACUGUCACUGCCAUGGAUGUGGUGUACGCUCUGAAACGCCAGGGCCGCACUCUCUAUGGCUUCGGCGGUUGAGGAACUCUUCGUUCUUCCAAACACAAAACAAAGGCUCUUCUAAGAGCCGCCCACCGCCUCACGGAGAGAGCAGUGACCGGGGAGAGCAGGUCCCAUAGCAUUGACCCGAAAUGUUAACUCUUAUGCGAUUAAUGUUAAAACAAAGGGUGACAAUUGUCCCAUGGAUUUGAACCCGCUCGGAACAUUCUGGGCGGUAUAGGGUCACGAACAACACCGUUGUUACAUUAAAGAGAUUAAAUUCCCAUUCUCUUGUGA